AUGUCUACUCCAAUUGUGCUUGAUCAAGGUACUGGUUUUGUCAAAAUCGGCAGAGCAGGAACCAAUUUUCCUGAUCAUACAUUUCCAUCCAUGGUUGGACGACCAAUUUUACGAGCCGAAGAACGAAACAUAUUAGUUCCCUCAGAUGUUGAAAUUAAAGAUAUAAUGUGUGGAUCAGAAGCCAGUCAAGUGAGAUCUUUAUUGCAAAUCAAUUAUCCAAUGGAAAACGGUAUAAUUAAAAACUGGGAAGAUAUGGAGCAUUUAUGGGACUAUGCAUUUUAUGAAAGAAUGAAAAUCAAUCCACAAGGCCAAAAAAUCUUGUUGACAGAACCACCUAUGAAUCCAUUAAAGAACCGAGAAAUGAUGUGUCAAGUCAUGUUUGAAAAAUAUGGAUUUGAUGGUGUUUAUGUAGCCAUUCAAGCAGUUUUGGCAUUGUAUGCACAAGGUUUGAGUUCUGGUGUUGUUGUGGACUCUGGUGAUGGUGUUACUCAUAUUGUACCAGUUUACGAAUCAGUUGUGUUAAAUCACUUGACAAAAAGAUUGGAUGUUGCUGGUAGAGAUGUUACUAGACAUUUGAUCAACUUGUUGUUUCGUCGUGGUUAUGCUUUUAACAGAACAGCUGAUUUUGAGACUGUUCGUCAAAUCAAAGAAAAAUUGUGUUAUGUGUCCUACGAUUUAGGAUUUGAUGCCAAAUUAGCUCGUGAAACUACAACUCUUGUGGAAAGCUACGAAUUACCAGACGGUAGAGUUAUAAAAGUUGGGUCCGAGAGAUUCGAAGCUCCAGAAUGUUUAUUCCAACCACAUUUGGUUGAUGUCGAACAACCGGGUGUUGGAGAAACCCUUUUCAAUACUAUUCAAUCUGCUGAUGUGGAUAUCAGAUCGUCAUUAUAUAAAGCAAUUGUUUUAUCGGGAGGUUCUUCCAUGUACCCAGGUUUGCCUUCAAGAUUGGAAAAGGAAUUGAAACAAUUGUGGCUAACUAGAGUGUUGCAGGGUGAUGCUUCUAGAUUGGAUAAAUUUAAGGUGAGAAUUGAGGAUCCACCAAGACGAAAACAUAUGGUUUUCAUUGGAGGCGCAGUGUUGGCCAAUAUCAUGGCAGACAAGGAUCAUAUGUGGAUUUCAAAACAAGAAUGGGAAGAACAAGGACCAAGAGUGUUGGAAAAGUUAGGGCCUAGAUAA